AUAUUUAAAUUUGUCAUAUAAUUUAAUUGAAUGCAUUGAAAACUUGGAUAAAUUAAAUAUUCAAGAAUUGAAUUUGGAAGGUAAUUGUAUAACAUCAUUUAAAUCGAAUGUACCUGGCUAUGGGAUAAAUAUAUUACCCCACUUGAGAAUAAUACGUUUAGGAUACAAUAAAUUAUCGACCUUGGAAUUUUUUAAAGGUGCAUACAGUUUACGUGUAAUUGAUUUAAAAUUUAAUAGAAUCAAUGAUUUAUUGGAAUUAACAAAUCUGAAAGGUUUAAUACUUGAAUUAGAUCUAAGAGGCAAUGGUUGUACAAAAUGGCCUAAUUAUAAAAGUGCAAUUUUGUUUUCUAUACCAAGUAUACAUACUAUUGAUGGUUGUCAUGUAUCUACUUCAGAAAAGAUUACUGCUUCAAUCUUAUUUGUAUCACCAGUGGAAUUAACAGCUGCUCGUACUGUUACAAAAUUAACUUUGCUGGAACAAUUAAGUGCACCCAUAAUUGAUUUGCAUAUUAAACCUUAUGAUGAGACAAGUUUACCUUUAAUAAUACUCACAGGUCCAUGUGCAGUGCGAAAAAUAUCCUUGGCUUUACACGUUGUUCAAACAUUUCCAAGCAAAAUUAAAUACUGUAGAUGGCAUACAACAAGACAGCCAGAAAAUAACGACACUGAAUGUAAAUCCUACAUUUUUACAAAUAGAGAAGAAUUUAAUGAUAUGUCUCGUCGUGGUGAAUUUUUAGCAAUUCAAGAAUUGCUAGGAAAUAGUUAUGGCUUUCAUUACAAUCAGAUUAUUGGUUUGACAUUGCAAAACAAAAUUGGUAUUACACAAACUGACUUACAUGCAACUAUACAAUUGACUAAACGGUACUCCAAUGUUAAACCUGUUCUUGUAUUAACAAAAAGUGAAGAAGUUCAUCGUAGUUGGAUACAAGAAAAAUUUGAUAUUUAUACAUGGGUCAAAAGCAGUAAGGAAAGUGGUUCAUCUGGUCAAGUAGACAGAGACGAAUGUUCAUUACAACCUGUUAGCAGUUCAUUAAAAUUUGUUCAAGAAAUUUUAAAUAAUAUUAUAGAAAAUCUUCAAUUGUCUCCUGAAACUACAUUUUUAACAUCAGAAGAUGAUACAAACGAUAUUAUAAUAAGAAGUAAAACAAGAUUGCAGAACAUAAGAGUAGUAGAAAUGGAAGAAAAAAAACAGAUCAAAUUUCAAGAAGGACAAGUUGAAUUCUUGGAUACAAAUAUCGAUGGUGGUUCCAUUUUGGACGAGAAAGGAUUAAGAGUAAUUUUGGAUGAACAUUCAAAUAUCAUAAUUGAAGAUGAAAAGUUAAAACGUAAAAGGCAUCAAGCUAAACUUCUACAUCGUCGAAGUACAAUAUUGCAAGCAACGAAAUCGUAUGCAGAACUUAGUCAAUCAAUAUCUAGUGAAGAAAUAUUGAUAGAACCAUUUGCAGACGCAAAAGAACCAGAAUUUAUAAAAGAUACAUACAUUGAUCUCGUGAUAAAAACGAGAAAAAUGUAUUCAGAUUAUCAUAUGGACAAACCAGGAUUCUUUUCUUUAGUGGUACUAACAGAUAUCUAUUACCAAGCAUUUAAUUCAUUAAUUAAUUUCGUUUACGAAUUAUACACAAGUCAUUCUAUUGGAAAAUCUAAAUUUUUAUCUGAACUCGAUUAUUUUUCUACAGUUGCUAUACCCGCAAUGGUUGAUUCUAUGGUUGAUGAAAUACAGCAAUCUUUAUCCACACCAGUAUUACAAAGAAAAACUUUAUUAAGAAGAUAUGGUGUCACUUCAUGGAAACAAUUAAUGCCUAGUCAAAUUUCAGAUAUUCAAAUUCAUCCUGAUAAUGAAUGAAAAGGUAAAUAUUAACUAAUAUAGGAUUAUAA